AAAGGAAACUUCCAUCGCGAUUGUGUUUAGCAAAUGAACUUUCAUUCUUGCGGUUAUUUUUAGAUACAGUUUGGGGGCGGGUACUUUGGUGUUGCAUUUGUCCGUUAGUAUUUUCCUGUGUUACUCGCGGGCAAGUGAAGCAAGGUGUGAGGGGGCCGGCGUUUUGUUUUCUUGUGGGGACUGGAAGCGGUCGCAGAGUCCCAGGCUCCAGUGAAGGAGAUUGUUUCACUGGUAAUUCAGCAGCGGGUGAAGGCACUGCAGCCGCGGGUUCAAGUCCCAACGCGGUCACAUCUUUCUGACAUUCACAUUACAUCGAAUUCACUGAUACCCAAGGAUCAGUGUGAUCAUCUUUCCUCAACAUGGGUGGUCUUGGAUGGAGAAGCAGAUUAAAUGUCAUAUUUAUUCUCGGCAUCAUCUUCGCCCUGUCUUGUCCAAUUACCCAAGCAGCUAGAAUAUUGGUCGUGCCUGUUGAUGGAAGUCACUGGAUCAACAUGAAAAUUCUAAUGGAAGAGCUGAACCUUCGUGGCCACAACAUGACUGUGCUUUGUUACUCCGCAAACUGGUACAUCAAAGAGAGACCCGAUCUGUAUCAAACCAUCAUAGUUCAAGCACAAGAAAACACUGAAGCACCUUCAAGGAAAGAAGCGAUGGAAAAAAUUGUGCAAAUGUCACUGGACGGGUUACAGAAUAGUCACACACUAUGGGGCAGGAUAAUGUUGCAAAAUCUAAUGGUUACGUUUAUGUACAAUUUCCAUAGAAUUUAUCAAAAUUUCAACAUGGCGAUUUUUGAAAACAAAACCUUGUUGAAUCAAUUUGAAAAAGCAAACUUUGACCUAAUACUCACAGAUCCUAUAUUUGGUACUGGGCCAAUGCUUGCGUAUUAUUUAAAAGUGCCACUGGUGUACAACAUACGAUGGCAGAUCAGUGGGGAAGCCCAUUUUCUCACUGCCCCUUCACCACUUUCCUACGUCCCACUCCAGGGCUCACUGCUCACAGACAAAAUGGAUUUUUUCCAAAGAACAGAAAAUGUAAUUCAUAGUCUCUUUCAACACUUUAGUUCAGAGUUUUUGAUACAUCCACUUUAUAAUGAAAUCUGCCAUCGGUAUCUGGGACCAGACACGGACAUCAAGUCGAUUCUCCUCAGAGCUGAUGUAUGGCUGAUGAGGGUGGAUUUUGUGUUUGAAUUCCCAAGACCCACCAUGCCAAACAUUGUGUACAUCGGAGGCUUCCAGUGUAAACCAGCACGGCCUCUAGCAGCAGAGUUUGAGGAGUUUGUCCAAAGCUCAGGGAAACAUGGACUUGUUGUAAUGUCAUUGGGUUCUAUUGUCAAUUCCUUGCCAAUGGAGAUUACAAUGAAAAUAGCAGAAGCUUUAUCUCAAAUUCCCCAGAAGGUUAUCUGGAGAUAUGAUGGUGAGACCCCUCCCAAUAUAGGGAAUAAUACACUGCUGUCAAAAUGGAUCCCUCAGAACGAUCUGCUGGGUCACCCCAACACACGAACGUUUGUUUCACACGGAGGCACCAAUGGCAUUUAUGAAGCCAUCUACCAUGGGGUGCCAGUGGUCGGAAUGCCUCUGCUUUUUGACCAGUUUGACAAUUUACUCAAGCUCGAAACCCGAGGAGCAGCAAAAGUGAUCAACAUUGCAACCAUGCAUUCCACAGAUCUGUUGCAGGCACUCAACGAGGUGAUAAACGGCGCAUCUUAUGGGGACAACAUGAAGAGACUCUCUGCUCUCCAUCGGGACCAGCCAGAGUCGCCAAUGGAGAGAGCCGUUUUCUGGGUUGAGUACGUUGCCCGACACAAAGGAGCGGGGCAUUUGCGCUCAGAAUCCCACCGACUCCCCUGGUACGCUUACUAUUGUGUAGAUGUGAUGAUCUUUCUGUUGUCUGUGUUACUCCUGCUCACUGUGUUGGUGGUUGGAACACUGAAGAAACUUUGUCGUAUUGUUUGUAGGAAAAAGCAAAAGACUGAGUGAUUUAUUUUUCCCUUGGUAUAUUUUGUUAUUUCAAAUUCAUCAAAUAAAGUUUUUCAUGCGUUUGAU